CUCUCGACAACAGUUCUUCAACACAAGUGAUACAACUUGUAUCCAAAGUGUACACAAGCCAAUCGACGAGUUACGAAGUCGAACUAUAAAAAAUCAAAUGCACUCAUUCUCCUAUGUAUGAGUUGCCUUGAUUGAAGUAAUGCAUUGUCACAAGCUAAAUAUUAAGUUGUAAUUAAAUUCAGCGGAAUUAUAUUAGGAAUUAAAGUAUAGAAAAUCGAUAAUAAAGUCUGUGUAUGAGUGAAAGAGUUCGAUACGACUCGUCUCAAUUUCAAUUUCUUCUCAUCAUUUCGCUUCAUUUUAUACAGAGCACAGUUAUAUUUGACAAAAUUAUUCGGAAAUUGGAAUAUUUUCCUUGGAUAAUUGAGGUCUAAAGUUUCGAAUGACUUCUGAACAAGUGUUGAACACCUGUUGCAGACUUACUUUAAUUACUACGCGUGACUGGUUUGGUUGAAGUACUUUAAGGUUAUCCAAAGAGAUUUUGGGGCGGGUGUGGUGUGGAUGCAGACAAAAUAUAAUGGAGCGAUGCGGAUCACCAACGCCGUGGGGUUUGGAAGAAGAACUUCACGAAUUGCCAGCUUGUCACAAAAGUUAUCAUGCCAGUUUACUACAUCGAUUUCAGCAAGUUAACCAACACUGCGACCUGUCCAUCAGAGAACCCGUUACGUUCAACAGUGUCAAUAAAAUUCGGUUCGGGGGUCAAGACGUGCUGGACUAUGUGGUGUGUUAUGCCACAAGGGGAAAUCCGGUCGAGAACGUGCCAGAUCAUUGGCAUUAUGUGUCAUUCGGGCUGUCCGACAUUCAUGGCCAUGACGCCAUGCAGGACAACCCACUGCCAGUGACGUCAGGCUCACGUGUGUCUGGGCUAGGUUUCGAACUUACAUUUCGACUAGAAGCAAAGUUAGAAGCUGUCGGAGACCCUCCAGCGUGGCCGGUUGACUUGUUGCAGAAAUUGGCCAGAUAUAUACAUGUAACGCCGGACUGUAUAAUAGUUCCUGGGGAUCAUAUCACUUGGCAUGCCCCCCUUCACGGCAACCUUGACGUUGAUUGUGAAAUAAAUCACAUGUUGGUUGCUCAAGAUGUGUCAAUUCCAAAAUUGGAAACCCCAACUGGAUGCGUCGCAUUUCAUCAAGUCGUAGGCGUCACCUAUUCAGAAGUUCAAUUGGCACAGCGAUGGAAUGCGACCUCUUUGAUGAAUCUAUUCAGGGAGCAGGACGAUCUCGGAGGCUCAGCCCUGGUGACAGAUAUUUUCAGGAAGAAAGCCAUACUAGAGUUGCAUCCAAAUCUGGAAGGGUCGAUAACAUUUGGAAUACAGAAAGACGGAUCGGACUUAAAUGGCGUAGGAGGAAGGGCUUUAUGGACACAAAACGCUAGAUUUUAUUGCCACGAGUCUCACUGGUGGGCGUUAAGCGAGUUUGAACGGAGACAGUACAUUUUGUUCGAAAGCAGUUCUCCGUCCUCCAUCACGACGUCGAAACAUCAGAAGGAGCAUAUGAGGAAAUCUUUGACGCAAAAUGACAUUGAACAAAUUUCAAACCUUCUGGAAAACGCUAGAUUAGUAGAGGACGAGAAAAACGAUGACACGAAUCAGCACGACCUUCCACCUCAGAUUAAAGAACGGAUCAUAUUUCCAAAUAAAGUGCAUUUAACGAUGAGUCCGGAGACAGGAAGAUUGUUGCCCCUUGCUCUCAGGGGGAGGGUUGACCACAAUCGACAUUUCACUAUAAAAGACACCACCAUGGAGGAUGUCAUCACAUUCGUCCCCAACGGUAUGUCGGGUUCAUUUACAACCGAUAGCUGCCCAUUUGCUGCUUGUGGACCUUGGCUACAUAUUCAGUUAGAUGAAGUUGCUCGCAAAAAUAUUUCUGAAGACGUUGAAUUUUUGUUUUCUUCCGAAGCAGUCAAUCCUGAAUUUCCAAAAUUCCUCGCUUGGCCGGAAGCCAACCUGGCUUUGACAAUUCUCGACAUCAGAGACUGAUCACACGCUUCGAAAUCGACUUCAAAUCAGAGUACCACCAACGAACUUUUCUCAUUCUUUUAUAAUUUUUAUAUAAGCUGCAUUUUUACCCGCAGUGUAAAUAUAAUAUAUUUUAAGUAAACCUCGCAUAGUUUUAUUCAAUAGCGGUAUGCUUUUAUGUAGUAAAUAUUAAUAUGUGUAAACCACCAAUCAAAGAAUAAAGUCACAAUACUUCCGAUCA